AUGACGCUGCUUCGCAAAAACCUCGCGCUCUCCAGUGCAAUCGCGUUGACCGGAACCGCCAUGCCAAUCUUUCUGUCGAUCGUCCUCUUGCAUUACGGAUUCAAGUACGGGACGCUCGAGUCGUUUGCGUCCGGCGCUGCGCUGAGUUCGACGUCGUUGGGCACGACGAUGGCACUGCUAAAACCGGAAUGGCGGGCGACAGUGGCCGGAACGGCGUUGAUGACAGCAGCUCUCUUGGACGAUGUAUGCGGCUUGGUCAUUGCGGCCGUACUAUCCCAACUUGCCGGUGCCAGCGUCGUCAUCCCUUGGUACAUCAUUGCCCGCCCCAUUCUCGUCUCUCUGGCGUUUGCGAUUGGGACGUUCUUUGCUGCUUUGUCGUUAGGCUGCUUAUUCCGGUGGUAUCCGGUGAAGUUGCGGAACAAAUCUCUGCUUUUCAUAAUGAUCGCAUUGCUCACUGGAUAUGUCGCUGGUUCCCACUAUGCAGGCACCAGUGAGCUCUUUGGCGCGUAUCUGGCGGGUGCAUUGCUAGCUUACAUCUUUCCGCGAGACGGUAGUCUCAGUGCAUUCGAAACCCACAUCCGACCUAUCCUCCAUGUUUUUCUGUCCCCCGUAUUCUUCGCUUCCAUCGGCAUGGCAUUGCCUAUUCGAGCGCUGGGAUCGAUAAACGGAUCAAACAGAGUCGUUUGGCGCGGAAUCGUGUACUCGAUGCUGAUGGGCUUGGCCAAGUUCUGUUCCGCAUUGUGGAUGUUGGUUUGGCGGACCGACGUCCGAUCUGCGGUCCUUGUAGGCUUUGGAAUGAUAGCUCGUGGUGAAGUGGCCCUCAUUGUCACUCAACUUGCCCUUCCUUUGCUGAGCACUGAAGCAUACGCCGUUGUGACGUGGGCGACUCUGCUCAAUACUGCCGGUGGAGCGAUCCUCGUGGGAUGUUUUCUUCGAAGAGUGGCUGAAAUCGAGUGA